GGGCCUGCUCAGUGUUUAUUAUACACUUUCAUGAUUAGAGUGAAUUGACGCGGGGCGUACGUCUCAGCUGUAUAACAAAAAUAUUUAUUAAAAAACGUGUGUUUUUCAUACAAAAUAAUUUGUAUAACAUACAACACAGUAGUUUGUGUUGAAUAUUUUGUGAACAAAUAUUGUCAAGUGAUUAUUUACAUUUUAUAAAUGUUCAAAACAAAAAGUAAUACACGUGUAUUAUAAUAAGUCAUCCUCAUCAUCAUUUCGUGUUCACAAGCGAUAUCAAUGUGUGAUUUUAGUGUGUUGUUAUGAUAUUGAAGUGAGCCGUGAGGUGAAUGUUCUAAACUCACUGUGUACCUAUAAAUGUAUUAUAAACUCUUGUCGCCAUUAUGAUGUUUCUGUGUUGUUUUUUUUUUUAAAUAAAUAAAUAACGUUGGAAUCAUUUACCAUAGAUAUAAGAUAUCAUUUUUCCAAUUAUCUAUGAUAUAAACAUAACGUGUACGCAACUUUUUUUUUAAAACACCCAUGCACUUUUGUUAUUAUUUUGAUUAUGUGUUUUUGACCCUACUCUGUAUGGUGCUAAGCGGUAGAGUUCAUUUGUGCCAGUCUCGACAUUAAGGGGUGUGCGCACUUUAUGUAUAUGUUUAUCUCUGUCAUACACAUUUAAAAGGGUAUCAAAACAAUAAAUAACAAAAACACAAAGUGCAUUAUUUUUUAAAUAUACAUAUGACAUUUUUUUGAUAAGAUUUUGUGUCAUCAUUUGUGUGUGAUUUUUUCCAAAUAUUUGAGCAAUAAUUUUAAUAUUUGUGUGAUAUUUGAUUUGAUUUAGAAGACGACUUUAAAUACUUGUUGGUGUUAUAUUUAUUAUGCGACUGCUCAGUCUAAUGUUUUGACUGUGUGUUGUACACUACUUGUCUCUGUCUUACAGAGCGACGAACGGAAGUGUAUAGUGCUGUCUAUGCAGGAGGCAAAAGUAAUUGUGUGUUAUUUCGUUUAGUGGUUUGUACGUAUAUUUCAUCGAGUGACAGUGUCCAAGUGUCUCCCUAGCGUUGCUAGAUCAUCAUAUUCACGAUGCUCUAAUUCUUAUUUAUUUAAUAACUUAAAUCCUGUGUCCAACUUAACCACUGAUUUCUUGAUCAAAACAAUUUUAUUGUGUCGGUGUUUUUAACUCCUCUCAAGGUUAGUGCACUCUCUUCAAUAAUGCGGGAAUUAUUUAUCGAUGGGUCCACGGUGCCGGAGUGAUGAAUUUGACCAUGUUUUAUUAGUGUUGACAAUGUUUAUUAUUAAGUGCACCUAAGAAAAAAUGGUGCAAUUGUGUGUUGCUCGAUUCUUCGCCUAAAUUUUAUAUUUAUUUUUUUAUAAAACAGAUUUUAAGUGUAUUUUUUUUAGUUUGUUUUAAAUUUUAGUUUGUUAUUUUUAAAGUGAUUAUAAAGUUAAAUUGUUUUUGUGUAUACCUGUUGGUUAGACCUAGUGGAAAUACUGGAGUCACAAAGAGCUCAACAAUUGUGGUCCAAGAGUGGCACUGGACACCCACAACAACAUUCGGGUGUGCAGCAACAACAGCAGGAGACGGUUGGCAGCAUCGGCGACGGGUCCAUGGUGUUGUUGAGCGCGACAACAGCACUCGACAGCUCGCUGGCCCCGUCGCGGCCUUCGCAGCACGCCACCGACUCCAUGGCCUGGCAUAAACACGAACAACUUGUCCUAAUGGAGAAGUCUAAAUCAAAACUGCCCAGCACGGGGACAGCACCACUAUCCGGCAGUGUGGAGACGGUGGUGGCGGGUGCUGGGAGUGGUAACAGUAGUACAAGUAGUGGUGGAACAAGUGGUCGGCAACGACAUGUCCCGUUAUACGGACGUCUUGUUGCGGAUGAACAACUUGCGGCAUCAAUGCAAGGCUCAGCGGCGGCCGCAGCGGCAGCUGCAGCGACGGCCGGUAGUAGUAGUAGUGGCACACCUUCGGAUAUACAAGCAAUGCAAGCAAGGAUACCACACCAUUUUCGGGAUCCAUCUACAGCACCACUCAGGAAGCUCAGUGUCGAUCUCAUAAAAACAUACAAACACAUAAAUGAGGUAUAUUAUGCAAAGAAAAAACGAAGAGCUCAACAAACGCAGGGUGAAGACAGUUCAAACAAAAAGGAACGCAAACUAUACAAUGAUGGUUUUGAUGAUUAUAAUCACGAUUAUAAAAUUAAAAAUGGUGAAAAGUUUUUGGAUCGAUAUGAAAUUGAUUCAUUAAUUGGUAAAGGCUCCUUUGGGCAAGUAGUGAAAGCAUAUGAUCAUGAGGAUGGUUGCCAUGUAGCAAUUAAAAUUAUUAAAAAUAAGAAACCAUUCCUCAACCAAGCGCAAAUCGAAGUUAAAUUAUUAGAAAUGAUGAAUAAGGCUGACGCAGAUAACAAAUAUUAUAUAGUUAAAUUGAAGAGGAAUUUUAUGUGGAGGAAUCAUUUAUGCUUGGUAUUUGAACUAUUAUCAUAUAAUUUAUAUGAUUUGCUGCGAAAUACAAAUUUCCGUGGUGUAUCGUUAAAUUUAACACGUAAAUUCGCACAACAAUUGUGUACUGCUCUAUUGUUCCUGUCAACACCUGAACUCAAUAUUAUACAUUGUGACCUCAAACCAGAAAAUAUAUUAUUAUGUAAUCCAAAACGGUCAGCAAUUAAAAUUGUUGAUUUUGGUAGUUCAUGUCAACUUGGACAAAGGAUAUACCAAUAUAUUCAAUCACGAUUUUAUCGAUCACCUGAAGUAUUAUUGGGCAUCACAUAUGAUCUAGCAAUCGAUAUGUGGUCAUUAGGUUGUAUAUUAGUUGAAAUGCAUACAGGUGAACCAUUAUUUAGUGGUGCAAACGAAGUGGAUCAAAUGAAUAAAAUUGUUGAAGUAUUAGGUAUGCCACCAAGACACAUAUUAGAUCAAGCAUUAAAAACACGUAAAUAUUUUGAUAAAUUACCUGGUUCGGAUGGCGGUUAUAUAUUGAAGAAAACACGUGAUAAUAAAAAAUAUAAAUUACCUGGUACACGGAAAUUACACGAUAUAUUAGGUGUAGAAACUGGUGGGCCAGGCGGACGACGAAUUGGUGAACCAGGACAUUCGAUGUCAGACUAUUUAAAAUUUAAGGACUUAAUAUUACGUAUGUUGGAUUAUGAUCCAAAAACACGUGUCACACCGUAUUAUGCAUUACAACAUAAUUUCUUUAAACGUACCGCGGAUGAAGGCACUAAUACAGCAAAUAGUCAAAGUACAAGUCCGGCGGUAGCUUCGUUAGAAAUGGCUGCAGCAGGACCUUCACAUGGUUUACUCGGCAGUCGAUCAACCCGCGCUGAGCAUUUACAAUAUCAACAACACUCGUCAAUGCAAUAUAACAGCAGCUCGUCAACACAGACAGCCAUGGAGUGUGAACCUGUAGCGCAUUGUAGCACAGGGCGAUCUUUCCCACAUGGACAUUCGCAUGGUAGGUCACGCUAUCCGACACAUCAUCAACAGCGUGCAACGAUUAGUACCAUUACCUCUGCUGGUAACAGUGGUUUGACAUCCGGAUCCCUGUCCUCGUUGCAUAAUAACAAUAAUAACAGUAAUUAUGCUCCAACCUCUUUACCAUUGGAUUUUGGUCCGGCAAGUUUAGAUUGCACCGGCUAUUUCCAAACAACAACUGAACCAUCCACAUCGAAGACAGUGGUACAACGUCAACAUGUUGGUACGGUUGCACCAUCAGCGACUGUUGUGUCGGGAGAUCGUGAUGAAAGCCCCAUGGUAGGGGUUUGUGUACAACAAAGUCCUGUUGCCAUUCAUUGACAUUAUUUCUCAUAAAACUGCGCUAAACAGCACAGGUCAAUUAAACAAGUAUUUAAAUAAAAGUGCGCGCGACGAUUGUGUCUGAAAAAAGCACACAGGAAAAAAAUUUAUACUAAUCAUGCACAAAAAAGCAAAUAAAUAAAGCAAGUACAAUCUCACACACAACAAGUUUUCCUCUAAACCAAACCUUUAUUGUCCUUCUUGUGUGUACUUGCUGGGAAAAUUGUGCAAAGCGGUGAUAAUAAUCAAAAACGAACGUCGUCUGCCUAAAAUUAAAUAAAAAUUUUAUAUGCUGAAUUUUUUGAUACGCAAAGACAAUUUUUAUUGUUUUGAAGUUAUUCCUAAUUUAAAACAGCGAGUUGUAUAAAAAUGCUAACCAAUUUAUGUGCGUUUUUUUGUUUUUAAAUUGGAUGUGAUGACAAAGAGAAACCAUGCAAAGAAAGAAAGAAGAAAAGUAAUUCUACUUGUGUAUAUAAAAAAAAAACAAAUUUUUAUUUAUACUGUGCUCUGAUUUACCGUAAUUUUAUUGAAUUUUGAUAGGACUGAGACAUGUUUUUAUUCGAGUAGUUUAGAGAAAAGGACACUGUGUUUGAACGUGUGUAUUACGGACUACUACGCAUGCCCAGCGCAAUAUUUUACACACUAAUAUACAAACGAUAUUUUAAUAUAUAACAAAUAUAUUA